UCAGAGAGCUGGGGCUUCUGGUUUUGGAGGAGCUGAGAGAUGUGCACGUGCAGAUGAAGGACAUCUUGGGGUGUAUGGGGCAUAGUUACAAAGUUGGAUGCUUCUGACCUGUGUGGUGUCAGGCUGUGAAGGUCACUGGGGGGACCACUUUUAAGAAGGCUCCAUCUGGCAGUGGACAGUGAAGGAGCAGUUGGGAACUUCAGUAUUUAAACAUGAGAAGGCAUACAGAAGAACUAGGGCAAUGGAUACUGAGGAACUGUUGACAUUCAGAGAUGUGUCUAUAGAAUUCUCUAUGGAUGAGUGGGACUGCCUGGACCCUGCUCAGCAGAAUUUGUAUCGGGAUGUCAUGUUAGAGACCUACAGUCACCUGGUCUUCCUAGGGCUUGCCAUCUCUAAGCCUGAGCUCAUCACCUGUCUGGAGCAAAGGAAAGAACCCUGGAAGGUGAAGACUCACCAGACAGUGGUCAAGCACCCAGUUAUAUCUAAUCAUUCCACCCAGAGCAAUUCACAAGUGCUGGGCAUGAACAUUUUAUUACCAGAGAUAAUCCUGAGAAGAUAUGAAAAUGACGGCCCUGAGAAUUUAAACUCAAUAAAAGACUGGGAUAGAGUGUAUAAGUAUAAGCAGCAGAACGUAUCUUACAACAGACUAGAUGAAAGUUUAACAGCUAUGCAUGGUAAAAUCUACCAAUGCAGUAAAUGUUUCAAAGUUGUCAGAAAGUUAUCAAAUGUAAAUAGACAUAAGAUGAUAUAUACUGGAGAAAAUCCUUACAAAUUUGAAGCAUGUGACAAAUCCUUUAACCAUUACUCAUCCCUUUCUGUACAUAAAAGAAUUCAUUCUGGAGAGAAACCCUACAAAUGUGAAGAAUGUUGCAAACCCUUUAAGGAUUCCUCAACUCUUUCUGUACAUAAAAUAAUUCAUUCUGGAGAGAAACCCUACAAAUGUGAAGAAUGUGGAAAAGCCUUUAAUGAUUCCUCUACUCUUUCUGCACAUAAAAGAAUUCAUUCUGGAGAGAAAUCUUACAAAUGUGAAGAAUGUGGCAAAGUCUUUAACCAUUCCUCAACCCUUUCUGUACAUAAAAGAAUUCAUUCUGGAGAGAAACCCUACAAAUGUGAAGAAUGUGGAAAAGCCUUUAAGAAUUCCUCAACCUUUUCUAUACAUAGAAGAAUUCAUUCUGGAGAGAAACCCUACAAAUGUCAAGAAUGUGGAAAAGCCUUUAACUAUUCCUCAAUCCUUUCUGUACACAAAAGAAUUCAUUCUGGAGAGAAACCCUACAAAUGUCAAGAAUGUGGAAAAGCCUUUAAUGAUUCCUCUACUCUUUCUGCACAUAAAAGAAUUCAUUCUGGAGAGAAACCCUACAAAUGUCAAGAAUGUGGCAAAGCCUUUAAUUAUUCCUCUACUCUUUCUGCACAUAAAAGAAUUCAUUCUGGAGAGAAACCCUACAAAUGUGAAGAAUGUGCAAAAGCCUUUAAGGAUUCCUCAACCCUUUCUGUACAUAAAAGAAUUCAUUCUGGAGAGAAACCCUACAAAUGUGAAGAAUGUGGAAAAGCCUUUAACCAGUACUCACAUCUUUCUGUACAUAAAAGAAUUCAUUCUGGAGAGAAACCCUACAAAUGUGAAGAAUGUGGAAAAGCCUUUAACCAUUCCUCAAUCCUUUCUGUACACAAAAGAAUUCAUUCUGGAGAGAAACCAUACAAAUGUGAAGAAUGUGGAAAAGCCUUUAACCAGUACUCACAUCUUUCUGUACAUAAAAGAAUUCAUUCUGGAGAGAAACCCUACAAAUGUCAAGAAUGUGGAAAAGCCUUUAACUAUUCCUCAAUCCUUUCUGUACACAAAAGAAUUCAUUCUGGAGAGAAACCCUACAAAUGUCAAGAAUGUGGAAAAGCCUUUAAUGAUUUCUCUAAACUUUCUGUACAUAAAAGAAUUCAUUCUGGAGAGAAACCCUACAAAUGUGAAGAAUGUGGAAAAGCCUUUAAUGAUUUCUCUAAACUUUCUGUACAUAAAAGAAUUCAUUCUGGAGAGAAACCCUACAAUUGUGAAGAAUGUGGAAAAGCCUUUAAGGAUUCCUCAACACUUUCUGUACAUAAAAGAAUUCAUUCUGGAGAGAAACCCUACAAAUGUGAAGAAUGUGGCAAAGCCUUUAACCAGUACUCACAUCUUUCUGUACAUAAAAGAAUUCAUUCUGGAGAGAAACCCUACAAAUGUGAAGAAUGUGGAAAAGCCUUUAACCAUUCCUCAAUCCUUUCUGUACACAAAAGAAUUCAUUCUGGAGAGACCCCCUACAAAUGUGAAGAAUGUGGAAAAGCCUUUAAUGAUUUCUCUAAACUUUCUGUACAUAAAAGAAUUCAUUCUGGAGAGAAACCCUACAAAUGUCAAGAAUGUGGAAAAGCCUUUAAGGAUUCCUCAACCCUUUCUGUACACAAAAGAAUUCAUUCUGGAGAGAAACCCUACAAAUGUCAAGAAUGUGGAAAAGCCUUUAACCGGUCCUCAAACCUUUCUGUACACAAAAGAAUUCAUUCUGGAGAGAAACCCUACAAAUGUCAAGAAUGUGGAAAAGCCUUUAACCGGUCCUCAAGCCUUUCUGUACACAAAAGAAUUCAUUCUGGAGAGAAACCCUACAAAUGUGAAGUAUGUCGAAGAGCCUUUAAGGAUUCCUCAACCCUUUCUGUACACAAAAGAAUUCAUUCUGGAGAGAAACCCUACAAAUGUGAAGUAUGUCGAAGAGCCUUUAAGGAUUCCUCAACCCUUUCUGUACACAAAAGAAUUCAUUCUGGAGAGAAACCCUACAAAUGUCAAGAAUGUGGAAAAGCCUUUAACCAGUCCUCAACCCUUUCUGUACACAAAAGAAUUCAUUCUGGAGAGAAACAUUAGAAAUAUGAAUAGUGUGGCAAACCCUUUAACUCAGGGUCAUACCAGCCUUUACAAUAA